GAAAACUAUGUCAUUUUACAUUUACUUGGUUCUGGGGGGUUUGCUUCGGUUUACAAGGCUGAAUCAAAGCAAGAUCAAGAUCUUUAUGCUAUCAAAGUCAUGUUACGCGUUCACAAAACAUAUGGUCUUCAAGAUGAAAUGAUUAUGAAUGAGAUUAAUUUACUUCAAGAUCUUCAACAUCCUUCAAUCAUUAGAUUUUAUGAACACUAUCGUACAGAUUCACAUUAUCAUCUUAUUCUUGAAUUAGCAGCUGGUGGAGAUCUUAGACCGAAAAUU